AUGGGUGCCGGUGCGAGUACUCCGUCACCCGAGCCGCCUGCGGCUGGUGUAUGCCCUGUUGAUCACAAAACCCGCGAGGCUUGGUUGCAGCAGCAUCAAGCAUCUGGCGGCGCUGCACCCCCUCAUCCUCUACCCUCCGAAGAUGGACAGCAUUCGAAAGGCAAAUCUCAAAGGCCUCUGUCAACCGACCGUGAAGUGAGCAGUAUACCGCGAGCCAUUGAUACUACCUCCCAGCCGUCGAAUGCCGACUCGUCAAAUGCGCCCGCGUCACCCUACGCUGCUACGGCCGCAUCGCACGGCACCCCAUCCAAUGCAGAAGCCGAAACAGGUCACGACCCGAAUACUGGAAACUGGAUCUAUCCGUCAGAACGGCAAUUCUUCGAAGCUCUUGUGCGCAAGGGCAACACUCCUAGCUCCACAACAUCCGCCUCGGAACUGGCGACCACUGUCGCAUCCAUCAUUCCCAUCCACAACGCCGUCAAUGAGCGCGCCUGGCAGCAGAUCUUGCAAUGGGAAAGUCGAGCUCCCAUGUCGGACCCCGGCAGUAAAAAAUGUGGAGGCCCAAAGCUGUAUGCCUUCCGCGGUCUGGGUGUCGACCCGCAGUUCCUGAGCCCUCGCGCCCGUAUAAAUAACCUGAUGGGCUACCAGCUCCCCUUUGAUCGGCACGACUGGGUUGUAGAGAGAUGCGGUGGUGAAAGGAUCGAAUAUGUCAUUGACUUCUACCAAGGGAAAUCGUCGGGUGCAAACAAUGCUCCCGGCCUGGCUGCCAAUGCUGGGCCCGGCAAGCUUAGCUUCUAUCUGGAUGUUCGGCCAAAACUGAACACAGUAGAGGGCUGCCGGAUGAGAUUCAGCAAGAUUAUGGGACUAUGA